GCAGUCAUGUCCUAUGACAGGUAUGUUUCUAUAUGUAAACCUCUGCAAUAUCCAACCAUCAUGAAGAAAACAACUGUCAUUACCCUUCUGGCUUUAGCUUGGCUUGUACCUGCUUGUCAGCUUGUGGUAUCACCAACAUUAAGUGUUAAUGAAAAGCUCUGUAGUUUUAAGCUGGAUGUAAUUUUUUGUAAUAACUCAAUUUACAAACUUUAUUGUGUGCGGUCCAGAGCAAUAUUUAUAUAUGGUGUGUUCAGUUUGCUGAGUGUAGCACUUUUUCCUUUGCUCUUUAUACUUUUUACAUAUGCAAAAAUAUUUAAAAUAACCUAUAGAAGUUGUAGAGAAGUCCGGAGAAAAGCUGCACAGACCUGUUUACCUCACCUGUUGGUUUUGAUAAACUUUGCCUUGUUGGGCACGUAUGAUGUUAUUAUAGUUAGACUGGAAUCUGAUAUCCCAAAAUCUGUACGUUUAAUUAUGACUUUACAAAUGGUUUUGUAUCAUCCCUUUAAUCCAAUCAUAUAUGGACUAAAGAUGAAAGAAAUCAAUAAACACCUCAAACAGUUGUUACGUCAAGAUCAAUUGAACUGA